CGUCCUCUUCCCGUUUUCCCACCUCAUUUCUCAUCGCGUCGACAGGAGGAGACUCCGGGUCGUUUUUGUAUUUUUUAUCAGCCGGACGCACACGCCGUCGUGUUUCGCCGCGUGCGUUGUUGAUAAAAAAAAAAGCUGCGUGCGCCAAUAAAGCGCCGACAUGCAGCCGCUCGGCGCCAUUGGUCGCGUCCUGAGCGUUUACCGCCGUCGGUCGUGCAAACACGGGAGUCUUGCUUUUUUUUUUUACCGAAAAGAACAACCCGCCCGGCAGCAGGACUCCUGUGUGAGGCUCAGUCGAGGUCAGCGAUGCUUCACCAUCAGGACCAACCUCUGGACUCCGCCUAUGGAGGCAAAGGAGGCUCCAGCAAUGGCUCUUCCUCCUCGCUGCGAAACAAAGACGGUAACUUCAACUUCCUGUCAGGCCAAGACGACGAGGGCACUGGAGGAGGAGGAGGGGACGAGAACCAAAACCCGGUGCGUCCCCGCAACCUCGGCCCGCUGGGUCGCGACCCUCCCAACUCCAAGUCGCCCUCCGGUUAUCACCACAACUCGGGGGUCCUCUCGCCGCGCUCCCGCCGGCCCUGCUGGAGCCGCCUGGAGCCCCUGCCAGAGAUCGAGUGCGGAGACGACGGUUGUGGCCGAGUGCCUCCCGACGGGGCCGAGGAAGGCCGGGUGCAGGAGGAACAGAGGAAGGGGAUGAAGGGCCACGCCGGGGAGAGGCAGCGUGGGAAAACGGGGAUGCAGGAGAGGAAAGGCAGCCGGGGAAGUGAGGAAGAGGAAGAAGUGGCGCUGGAGGACGGAGACGAAUGGGGCGACAGCGACUCGGAGUCCGACUUCAGCAACCGCUCUGGGGGCAGCAUGUCCUCGCUCAACAUGGACAGUGGAGGCGAAGGGAUGCUGAUGGGGGGCUGGGACCGCAUCGGUGUCGGGGAACCCAAAUCCAGCCCCCAGGAGUGCGACCCGACCAAAAACGGCAACCGAGAACCGCCUGGCAGACGCGGAAGCUUCGGCCGCAGGUCGCUGACGGGGAGCCACCUGGGGAACGUUCUGGAGGAAGGGCCAGAGGAGGAAGGCGGCGACCGGUCUUCGGACUCGGACAGCGAGAUGCCAGAGCUGAUGGACGCCGUGUGGACGCUGCGAGACCGCGAGCGCUUCAAGGCCCAGGAGAUGGAGAAGCACCAGGUCCAGCUGACCAUGUACCGCCGCCUGGCGCUGAUCCGCUGGGUGCGCACCCUGCAGGUCCGCAUCCAGGAGCAGCAGAACCGCCUGCAGUCCAGCUUCGACGUCAUCCUCACGCAGAGGAAGGAGCUGCUGCGCAUGGGCGCCGCCGCCGCCGUGGCCAACGUCCCGCCCCUCGCCGCCGUCAGCCACUCGUAAGGGGGGAGCGGCGAGGGAUCAUCGAAAACAGGAAGUGGUUGAAAACCACAGGUUAUUUUUUUUCUGUUUGCCUCCAUCCUGAAGAAACUG